CGCGCAUUGUUUAUGACAGCCUAUCUUUGACAGACGUAGAUAGUUUGUGUGGGUCGCUUUUAAGCUGUAAUAACUACCUUUUUCCCCCCUCCCAAAGUCAUAAGUCUGACAUCUUAAAGCCUUUAUUAUUGCACUAUGUUACAGUUCUUGGCUGGAUUCACCUUGGGCAAUGUUGUGGGGAUGUACCUCGCUCAGAACUACGAUGUACCAAACAUAGCCAAAAAAAUCGAAGCGUUCAAGAAAGACGUGGAGGCCAAGAAGAAACCACCUGAGUGACUGAACGUUGAAGGAUGUUUCCAUCAAGAAUAUGCACUCUGCAGAACAUCUAUUUAUUUCACAGGGUGGUGUAACAAUUGUACAUUUGAUAUACUUUAAAUAUAUGUACGGAGUAUAAUGACAGUGCCUGAAACAGGUUUCACAGAAAUGUUACUUGUAUUUUUACAAGCGAGCUGGAUUUAAAAUGUACACAUUUGCUUUUGUAAAUCCAGUUUGUUACCUGCUUGACACAUAUGUUCUGAUCGCAUGACGAAACAAUUUGAACGUAUUCAGCUUCCAAUAAAGUUGCUGAGCAUUCCUUUAAAGUUGCUUUUGUUUUAUAGUUGAAGCAAAUGUUGGCACAAAUACUUGACUGGAUUAAAAAUCCCCUUCACUCAUA